AUGUGGCUGGGGUCGUACGCGACGCCCGAGGAGGCCGCGUACGCCUACGACGCCGCGGCGCGGCACCUGCUCGGGCGCUGGGCCAGGCCCAACUUCCCCGCCCCCGCGGCGCCCGCGGCGGCGGCCGGGGCGCCCGAGAACCUCGCGCGCGCUCAGGAGCCUGCCGCGCGCCAGCAGCAGCAGCAGCCGGCGCCCCGUGCUCAGGUGCCCUUUCCCCACUGGGCAGCGCCCGCGCCGGCGGCUGCGGCCGCGCCGGCACAGCCGCAGCGCCAGCAGCGCGCGCCGGCGGCGGUGUUCGCGUACCGUCGCGCGGCCACUCCGUCCACCCCCGCCGCCGCCAUCCACGCCGCAGCCUAUGGCGGCGCGUUCUUCGAGGUAACUCUCGUGCCGGGCGCCUACGUCGCGCCCGACCUCAACCGUCCGGCGAGCAGCGCCGGGCCCGUCAGCGCCGGCGCGUCGCUGUCCCUCUCGCCUGCCGCCCCAGAGCGCCCGAUCGAGAUUGAUCAGGCCGUGGUCGGGGACAACUUCACCGACGACGGCGCGUCCUCGUCUGCUGCGCGCACCUUCUUCUGGUGA